GACAGCGAUCAAAUAUUCUGUCGGGGGGAAACAGGUGCGUGCCAAGGCGAAGGUAAAAACGUUGAAACCGAGGCGCACGGAUGAUGGAGUGCGCCGUUACCCAGCUGCGCACGAACAGGGAAGAUUCUUACCUUUGUAACGCGGCAUAAACUGCACAUUAGGGCAUGAGUCUGCGUUCAACACGUUGUUUUAGUGGCCAGACUAGAGGAAGACACUGCACCAUCUCCACGUCUAUAGAUCAAUAGGAGCAUGACUCUUGGCGUCUUCCCCAUGCCCUAUCGGCCCACACUAGCCCUCUCCUCAGCCCUCCCCUGAGCCCCUCCCCCUGUUGUCGCGGUGAUGCGGAGGUUCGUGUACUGUAAGGUGGUACUGACCACGUCUCUGGUGUGGGUGCUGGUGGACGUUUUCCUGCUGCUCUACUUCAGUGAGUGCAACAAAUGUGAUGAGAGGAAGGACCGCUCCCUGCUGCCCGCGCUCAGGGCUGUGAUUUCCCGAAGCCACGAGGGUCCGGGCGAGAUGGGCAAGGCCGUGUACAUCCCCAAAGAUGAGCAGGAGAAGAUGAAGGACCUGUUUAAGAUUAACCAGUUCAACCUGAUGGCCAGUGACAUGAUCGCUCUCAACAGGAGUCUGCCGGACGUCAGGCUGGACGGGUGCAAGACCAAGCUGUACCCAGACGACCUGCCCACCACCAGUAUAGUGAUCGUGUUUCAUAACGAGGCCUGGAGCACAUUACUGCGAACAGUACACAGUGUGAUCAGCCGCUCCCCCCGACACCUGCUGCUCGAGAUCAUUCUGGUGGACGACGCCAGUGAACGAGACUUUCUGAAGCAGAAGCUGGAGGCGUAUGUGCGUGGUCUGGAGGUGCCGGUGAAAGUGCUGAGGAUGGAGCAAAGGUCAGGCCUGAUCCGAGCGCGGCUGAGAGGAGCUGCUGCCACCAAAGGCCAGGUCAUCACGUUCCUGGACGCUCAUUGUGAAUGCACAGUGGGCUGGCUGGAACCCCUGCUGGCCCGUAUCAGAGAGGACAGGAGUGCAGUGGUGUGCCCCAUCAUCGAUGUGAUCAGCGAUGAGACAUUCGAGUACAUGGCCGGCUCUGACAUGACGUAUGGAGGCUUCAACUGGAAGCUGAAUUUCCGCUGGUACCCUGUUCCCCAGCGAGAGAUGGACCGACGAAAGGGCGACCGAACUCUGCCUGUCAGGACUCCCACCAUGGCAGGGGGCUUGUUCUCUAUCGACAAGUCGUACUUUGAGGAAAUCGGCAGCUAUGAUCCGGGCAUGGACAUCUGGGGCGGGGAGAACCUGGAGAUGUCUUUCAGGAUCUGGCAGUGCGGGGGCUCUCUGGAGAUCGUUACCUGCUCUCAUGUCGGCCAUGUUUUCCGCAAAGCUACACCGUACAGUUUCCCUGGAGGCACAGGUCAAGUCAUCAACAAAAACAACCGACGCCUGGCUGAAGUCUGGAUGGAUGAGUUCAAAGACUUCUUCUACAUCAUAUCUCCAGGCGUGAUGCGGGUGGACUACGGUGAUGUGUCUUCCCGCAAAGCCCUUCGCGAAGCUCUGAAAUGCCGGCCCUUCUCCUGGUACCUGGAAAACAUUUACCCCGACUCACAGAUACCAAGACGAUACUACUCCCUCGGCGAAAUCCGAAACGUGGAGACCAACCAGUGCGUGGACAACAUGGGCAGGAAGGAGAACGAGAAAGUGGGCUUCUUCAACUGUCACGGCAUGGGCGGCAAUCAGGUGUUCUCGUACACGGCGGAUAAGGAGAUCCGCACAGACGACUUGUGCCUGGACGUGUCUCGCCUCAAUGGGCCCGUGGUCAUGCUCAAGUGCCACCACAUGAAGGGCAACCAGAUGUUUGAGUACGACGCUGAGCGCCUGACCCUGCUCCACGUCAACAGCAACCAGUGCUUGGACAUGCCGUCGGAGGAGGACAAGAUGGUUCCCACGCUGAGAGACUGUAACGGCAGCCGCUCCCAACAGUGGCUACUGCGCAACAUGACCCUCAGCGCGUGACCUUUUGACCUUUGACCUCACCCUGACAGAAACAAAAACAAACAGAAACGCCGUCAUCUCCUUAGCAGGUGGCUCUUACCUCAUUCGCAGCAGAGCAUGAAACGGCGGCGGAGCAAGCUGCGCCUGCCUGAUCCGCGUCGUUAGCUUAGCGCGAGGUGUUGACGCGGCUAGGACCAUGUGCGAGGUGGGUAUGCACAGGGCUGAUAUGAAACACUCGCGCUGGGAGCUGCUAUCAUCACUGCUGCUUUUGUUGCCACUGGACAAACAAUUAGCAGGAGAGCUAUUCAGACAAUGUGCACUGUAAUUUGUCCAUAUCUGGUGAGGCCAUACAAUGUAAAGACUGUUUUUGAAGCUGCUCCUUGGUACCAUCAGCAUCACAUUAUAGCAUUUUAUUAUUUU